ACUUAAAUCAUUUUUCAAAUUGAACCGCCAACUUUAAUGUUAUCGAUUUCCGAUAUUUUCGGCGGAAGACAUUCAAAAGAAGUCAUCAAAAAAGGGAAGCGUAAACAGCAACACACAAGAAAUGGAAGUCAAUGUGGAUUUUAGCGAAAUAUCAUCGAAGCUGCAUCAGAAAUACGCUCAGCAUGUGAAGAACCUGAAGGAGCUGUGCGUGUCCAAGACGGUGAUGAAUCCGAGUGCCUUCUUCGACAGUAUGCAGCAGAUGAUGGAGGAGGAGGCGGCCACCAGCACGCCAGCCGAGGAUCUGGGCUCGGUGUCUGAGUAUGCGGAGCUUUUCAGGACCCUGGAGGAGUACCCGGCCAACCUGCAGCGGAUGCCCAAGAAGCGGGAGCUGCAGCGCACCAACUCGACGAUGCUGCGAGGAGCGGAUGAGUCUGUGGCCAUCAACACCUCCAAUGUUUCGCUCAGCCUGACGCGUCUGGAGGAGCAGAGCAGUGCCGUGGAUGUGUACAACGACUUCAAGGCCUUCCAGCAAAAGCUGGCCAAGAUCUACGACGAGGCCGCCGCCCUGGACACUACCGAAUCCAUAUACAAACAGAAGUUGAGCCAGCUCCAUGGCUUCGCGCAGCAGGUGGAGAAGUUGAUGCCCAGCGGAGGUGAGUCCCCGCCGGAUCCAUUUACACUUGAGCAGCAGGAGAAGCUACUGACCAUCGCCGCCAACAUGGAGCAGCUGAACUACCUGCGCUCUAACAGCCUUCAGCUGCCCAAUCCCAGCGAGAUCCUGGCCAACGGGAGUCUGGCCGCCCGCCUGGAAAUGUUCGUCGAGGUCCUCAACUAUGCUCUUCUUCAAAUCAGUAGCUAUAAUAUGGCCUUGAUUUGA